GAGCGCCGUCCGUUUCUAAACAAAAUGGCCGACCAAAGUUAAGAUUUUUGGUCUUUGAAUCGAGUCUAAAACUUGUGAGGAUUAACUACUGGCCCUCAAAAAUAAAAAUUUAUUGCACGAGGGCAUCUAAACUGCCCGUUUAUCGUAGAGUGGAAGAAGAUUAGUGUUAGUUCUAGCGAUGAGCUCAACCGCUUCUAAGGUCGCAGACAUCUUCACGGCAGCUGGUGCUGCCUUCAACCGUCUUGGUGAACUCACUGUACAACUUCAUCCAUUGAAUGGUGAUGGCUCAUCUCAGAGCAGUGGCAAAUGGGGUGAAACAGAGAUAAACAUGUUGAGAGAUGCUGUGAAAAGAUUUGGUGAAGAUUUGAAGAAGAUUAGCGAAAUUAUUACCACGAAAUCUGUAGCUCAAAUAAAAAACGCUUUAAAGCAACGUGUUCACGAACAAAAAACCAGCAAAGACUCCGGUAAAAAGAUUUCGCAAAAACGAACAGCACCUCUUGAUGAAGAAGUAAAUGGAGAAACAGUACUAUCUACUCAUAUCUCAAACAAUGGCGUGGCUGUUAAGAAAAUCAAACGAGCAUCCUCAGAAGUUGUCGUGUCGAAGGAAAGAGAAAAGAAACUCGUAUCACCUUCGAAAGAAAAUCAAAUUAAACUAACAUCACCUUCGAAGGAAACUGAAAGUGAAGUCGACAUUGAAAGUAUCGAUGAAAAUAGUGCGACGAAUAAAGAAACAGGAAGUACUUCAGAGAUAGAUAAGUCAGAAGAAGAAUCUGCGGAUUCGACGGCUGCCGUGGCGUCGUCGGCAGGUGCCGUGGCAUCGUGAAACAAAUACAUUUCAACACCAAAUGGACAUCAGUUGGAUGGGGAAUAAAAGCAUUUGAAAAUAAUCUUUUCUAACAGCACGCAACAACAGUUUACUUGGGGGAAAAAACAGUUUCCUGGCCAAAUUUAGCAGUCUUUUCAAGAACCAGCUUCUGUUAAUGUGUUCUGCCAUGACGCUUGCGCUUCCAAAAUCGUGGUUAGGUCGUCCUGGAUUAUUAUUUCGCAUUAAAUCCAACCAUUUGAUGCAAAGUUUUUACCUAUGAAAAAACUGAGCAUAACCUUCAGGCAUCACAAACUAUUUUUUAGCGAGUUCCUUUGUCAUGUCUUUUUGAAUCAUUUAGAUUAAAAGAUAUAUAUUAUAGAGAAAACAUUAGGACUAUUUCGUUGCGAAAAGUCACAAAGUUAAUCAAAUAUGUAACGAUUGAAAGAAAUUAAACAUAGCAGAAUCUCGAA